UUCUUACCAUGCCGGUAACCCGCUCAAAAGCUGUGGGCAACACCAGCGCCCUGACCUCUCAGCUGGGCAUUGUUCGUAUCUUGGAAGCCAUCUUCACCUGCGUGGCCUUUAGCCUGGUGGCCCAUGAGGGCAGCACGCUGCGGGAUCAUCAGAAUUAUGGGGACUGGUGCAUGUUUGCGUGGUGUUUCUGCUUCGCCGUCACCAUCAUCAUCUUGGUGGUGGAGUUCAUCGGUCUCCAGCACCGUGUGCCGGUCUCCUGGAGGAAUUUUCCCAUCACUUUCGCAAUGUAUGCCACUUUGCUCUGCCUUUCCGCCUCAAUCAUCUUCCCGGUAGCCUACCUCCAGAAGGGCUACUCCAGCGGCGAGCAGCGUGGAUACCGCAUCGCCGCCACAGUCUUCUCUUGCCUCGCGUGCCUGGCCUACUUCACCGAGGUCACCAUGACCAAAGCCAAGCCAGGGGAAGUCACGGGCUACAUGGCCACCGUCCCAGGGCUCCUCAAGGUGGUGGAGACGUUCAUCGCCUGCAUCAUCUUCGUCUUCCUCAACAAGUAUGAUUACGAGCGGCACGAUGCCCUCAAGUGGUGUUUGGCCGUCUACUGCAUUUGCUUCAUCCUCUCGCUGGUGGUCAUCAUCCUUUGCAUCGGCGAAUGCACCGGCUGGCUGCCGUGCGCCUUCAACACGUUCCUCAGCGCCUACACCCUCUUGGCCGUCCUCAUGUACGCCACGGCCACCAUCAUCUGGCCCAUCUACCACUUCGACACGAAGCACGGAGGAGAGCCCCGCCGGCGUUGUUCCGGAUCCUACUUCUGUGAGUGGGACAAAUAUGUCACCAUAGCGGUCCUGACAGCCCUCAACCUGCUGGUGUACCUUGCUGACCUGGUGUAUUCCGCACGGCUGAUAUUCAUCCAGGGGUAGACGGGUGCAUGAGGCGGUGAGCGGCUGGGCAGAAAGGGUCAUGAGGGA